AGAUGAUGUUGAAGAAAGACAAAGUGGGAAUGGUGUGAGUCAAAAAGCGUAAUCAUAAUAACCACAACUUUGUAUCCUUCAUUUUCAACAUUCAACGCAACACACUAUACAUUCAUUCAUAAACACACACUCACUCAUCAAACUCAACAACCAACAUGGACCAUAACAACUCUGACCUGUUCCAACUGCUUGGUGCCGGUGGUGGUGGUGGGUAUUACCCGGCUGCUGCCAUGUUGAUGAUGGAUCAUCAUCAGCAUCAGGUGUCCUCUGAUGAUAACAUGAGCGCCAUAGAGACAGAAGCCUCUCAUCAUCAUCAACAACAAGAUAGAGCACUCGCUGCCCUCAGAAACCACAAGGAAGCUGAGAAGAGACGCAGGGAGAGAAUCAAUUCUCACCUUGCUCGUCUUCGCACUCUUCUCCCUUGCAACUCCAAGACAGAUAAAGCAUCGCUUCUUGCAAAGGUGGUGCAGAGAGUGAAAGAGUUAAAACAGCAAACAUCAGAAAUAAUCACCGAAUUCGAAACCCUACCCUCCGAAACAGACGAGAUCAGCGUCCUGUCCACCGCAGACGGCGGCCACGGAGGGCUGAUAUUCAAGGCCUCCCUGUGCUGCGAGGACCGCUCCGAUCUCAUCCCGGAGCUCAUAGAGAUUCUCAAAUCUCUGCACCUGAAGACGCUGAGGGCAGAAAUGGCAACCCUAGGCGGAAGAACCCGCAACGUUCUGGUGGUUGCCGCCGACAAAGAACACAACAGCAUAGAGUCCAUUCAUUUUCUUCAGAACUCGUUGAGGUCCUUGCUUGAACGCUCUGGUUCCGCCGAUCGCUCCAAACGACGCCGUGCCAUGGAUCGAAGAUUCACGCCUGCUUCAUCAUGAAAUUCAAAUUCAGAAAUUAUAGAUGUUUAUGUUAUAUUAUUAGGUGUUUUUCCUUUUUUUUUUAAUUGGGAAAUUAUGUUAGGUACUUUGAAUUUUGUUAUAUGCAGAUUUUUAUUUUAUUUUUCAAAUGUAGCAUCCAAUGUCUUAUCAAUAUAGUCCAAAAGUAUUGGAGAGUUUGAAAGUUUAUUUGUCCAGUCAAA